AAUCCACGUCUCCAGACCGCGGGUGCUUGUUAAUCGCCACCACUGAGCCACAGUAUGAAGAGACGCAGACAGAGACAGAGGUGGGCUUUUUUGUCGUAACAACUUAAGUGCGCAGUGACAGAGGAAUAAACCAGCCAGGGCAGAUAGACAAAGUUUUGUGGGACGCGGUUUUCUUUUUCACUGAACGUCAUCCUGGUCCAUGGGUUCAAGUUGCACAUAGGAGUAGGCUACAGGUUUCCAAUGGACAGACACUUGGAGACGGCUGGCGCAACAAGCAUGGGAUUAUUUUUGUAAUGUGGAUUGCUACUCCCUUGCAAGAAAAUAAAGGUCUGCUGCGGAACAAUGUGAGACGUUAUGCGUCUUGGAUUCUCGUGUUUCUGGAUAUCUUGAAAAUCAUUGGCAACAGUUGAGAAGUUAUGCGCAAAGGAUUGUACCCUCCAACCCCGGGACCAACAUGGAUUUGCCGUUACAACCCUCUGCCCCUUAUUUAGAGAAGUUUUAGCCGGUCCACUUGUGUUGUUGUAAACUUCAUGUUUGAGAACAAAUCGCCACAUUGGCCUCUUGGAUUUUAAAGCGUCGCCUGCCUUUGGAUUGGAUUUCCAACACCAUGAACUUUAUUGACAGUUUGACACUAUUAUUUUUGACGCUGUCAGCUGUCAAGAGUGCCCACAUACCGAAGGAAACAGAGAGAGGUCCACAUGACGUGAUCCCUUUAAUGGAGGUGUACAACAAGAGUUUGUGCCAGCCUCGGGAGCUGCUGGUGGAGAUUCUGCAGGAGUACCCGGAGGAGGUGGAGCACAUCUUCAUACCGUCCUGCGUGGUGCUGACGCGCUGCGCCGGUUGCUGCAAUGACGAGAUGCUGCAGUGCAUGCCAACAUCCAGCUAUAACAUUACAAUGGAGAUUAAAAGAAUAAAACCACAAAAGCAACAAAAUGAUAUUUUCAUGAGUUUUACAGAACACAGCGCAUGUGAGUGUAGGUUAAAGAAAGAAGUGAGAGAACAGAAAGAAAAAAAAUCCCGGAAAGGCAAGGGUAAAGGCCAAAAGAGAAAACGAAAGAAAAACCGUGACAAAACAAUUCACGAUGCUGUUUGUGAGCCAUGUUGUGAUCACUGCUCAGAGAGGAGAAAGCGUUUGUUCGUGCAGGAUCCUGCAACCUGUCGGUGCUCCUGCAAACACACAGACGAAUACUGUAAAGAACGCCAGCUAGAGCUCAACGAGAGGACCUGCAAAUGUGACAAGCCAAGAAGAUGAGAGAGGUGGGAGCACCAGAUGUACAAGAUGAAGGAAUAUUCUAAAGAUAUUUCACAGCACAGCACUUUGACCUUUGAACCGUAAGCUCUUCUUUUCUGUGGAAAGCAUUCCCCUUGGACUGGCUGAGAGAGAACAAAAAGAAAGACUGAACUGAAGUUUCCUCCCACUGUAUAUCUGUGUGUAUAUAGACCAUGAUAAAAAGAAAAAGAGUACAGAAUUGUUAUGCUGCUACAGAAACAAAUAACUAAACCUAUCAUUUGACAAAACGCAAAUAUCCGCCAAGUGGUUUUGCAUUUCUAACAGGCUUGCAAUGCAGGUGUAGUCUUGUUGUCAAUUCAUUGUAUGCAAUUACUUCACUGGAUAUGAGUCUACUGUGGUUGUGUGUCAAUCAAAAGUUGCAAAACCUCUCAAUCUAAGAUAUAUUUAACUGCUAAAACAGCGGGUGAGGCCGAAGAAGACAUGGGUGCGCCCUCCUUUCAAAAGUGACGGAUGGAUUUUUGUCGGCCGAUGUCUACUUUCGCUUUGGACUAAAACAGGAGGACACUGGGACAGCUGAUGGAAACCUUGAAUCUGUGUCUUCAUGAUAUCGCUUCCCUCCCUCAGAGGACAUUGCAGGGCUGACAUGGACAUACACAAUGUUUUCACUAUUGUGAUCAGCUUGCAGGAGAAGAGACUCUGGAGUGCCAUAUACUUUUAAAGGGAUACUGGUCAUCAAUAAUAGCAUUUAAUGUUUUGCUAUGUCCUACAUGAAAACCACUGAAAACAUCCUAUACUGUAGUUUGAUUCCAUUUGAAAAACUGUGCCUCACAAAAAUGUACUGAGAAAUCUUUCGAGUGCUUUUUAAAUUAUUUUUGUUUCAUUUUUCAGGAGAGGGGAUUGUCAAAGUAGUUGUGUUAGUUGUUGAGCUCAAUACAGAAUCCAUUGAUUGCAUAUCUUCUUCUCUGAACUUGUACAUACUUAAUAUCCCUUUAUGCCAUAGUCCACUCUAGAUAAUUUAUAAUGUUAUAGAGUAUUUUUCAGUAUUCAGUCUUCUACCCAUAUUUAAUUUGGUCUAUUUAUAUAUGCAGUGUUAUGUACCUGUGGCUGUCCCACCCCCCACCCCCCAAUGUGUAAGGUCACUGAUGGCUACUCGCAGCAUGGACACUCUCUGUGCUUUUCUACGAAAAAAAAAAAAAAAAAAAAA